GACGGGAGUGGCCGGGGCAUAACGCAGGCCCAUGUUUAGGCCGUUUCAGGGGUAAAUUGACAGCCAGGAAAACAAGAGGCGGCGGCUCUCCGCUCUUGUCUGUCUCCGACUCUCGCUUCGCCGCAGUCCGGAUCCAGAUCGACUCUCGCUUCGCUUCGAUGCAGUCCGGAUCCGAACCUUGGCCUCGACUCCGACUUGGCGCCACGCUGCUUCUUUCUUCUACGAGUUUAUUAUAAAUACAAAGAUCCCAGUGGCCGCCGCCGGAGCCGCGACGACAGCCUGCUGCAGAUGGACGCCGCCGCAAGCGCACCACCGCCACCUGCUGCCGCUUCUGACGGGCGGGUGGCCACCCACCGUCCGCCGCUCUUCCAUGCCCGGACGUCCUCGCUCCACGUGACUCGCGUCGAGCGGCGGCCGUACGAGGCCGACGCCGAGAGGCACUCCCGCGUGAUUGACGCUAUCCUGAUCUACGACAUUCAAUCCAGCCGCAGCCGCAGCCCAAGCCGCAAUCGUGCUCGACUCGCCGCCUCCAGCGACGCCGUCCUGGGCCUGCAGGAGGUCGGGUCCGGCGCGGGGACGCCGGCAGCGGAGGAGUGCGCCGUGUGCCUGCAGGACUUCGUGGCGGAGGACAAGCUCAGGGCGAUGCCCUGCUCCCACACUUUCCACCAGGACUGCAUCUUCCGCUGGCUCGAGGUCAACCAUGUCUGCCCGCUCUGUCGCCACGAGCUGCCCACGCAGGAGGAGGAGGAGGAGGACGACGAAGAAGAUGAGAGAGGUUACCAGGAGGAUGUGAUUUACCAAAUUUAUCGGGAGAUGUAUUCGGAAGAAACUUAUCUUCGCUACUUUAGUGCCGAAUAUCUUGACCCGUAUUUUGGCACCGAGAAUAAUCAGCAGGAGAGCAUGCCGGUGACGGAGGCGGCCUAGAGACCUGGAUUCAACAUCAUGCUGGAGUGCUGUGGAAGCAUUGCUCUCUGCUCCAAUCUACCCAAACAGUAUAAGUUAUCAGCAGCUCAGUGAUGACAUGCUUCCAGUAGACAUGUAAUCUGAAAGUGUGCUAUGUGUAUCUUGCAAGUUUUCAGCAAUCAGUGAUGUAUGCUAUAAUGCUUAAUUGCUUAUCCUCAAUGAAAACUUGAGCUAAUUUCUGCUGAUCA